AUGAUUGUACGGUGGUGUUUUAAGAUAGCCGAGGUGAAGAAGAAGGUGCUGGAUGGUAGAUAGGGGCUGUGUGUUUGGAGGAGGAGUGUGACUGUGUAAUUACGUGGGUGAAAAAAAAGAGAAAAAAAAGUUGGGUCUGAUUUGCUGGAAUCGCGCAGGACCGAAGGUGCACCGGUCGAUUUCAUAUCAAGUUUGGUUAAAGCAGGGGUGAACAUCACACACUCGGCGCCCUCUGAAGCUCAACACAAUGCUUUUAUGAACGAGAUUACACUGCACCGAGACGCGCAAAGAGCCCAGUGUAGUAGAGGAGUACGCAGCAGCAGCAGAGGCAGCAGCACCGGCUCCACGAGUAGAAUCUGCUAGUGUUUACUGUGCAUGUCAGCUUUAAAAAAAAUCUCCUGCAUAAAAUCUCAAUUUCUCUGCGGAGACGACAAUCUUUGGAUCGCGAAAAUUCAUGGAUGUUCUUGGAUAAUCUCCCUUUUUUGUUUUACGCGGAUAGCUGCUCCACAGUCUUGCAUGGUGCACGUCGGUCCAGGAAUGGCGCGAUAAAGUGAUCAGAGGAAUCAGUCCAAGUACAUUCACUUUCUGUGUAGCCGUCUCGUCAUGUACUCUCCAAUUUGUCUUACUCAGGAUGAAUUUCAUCCCUUCAUCGAGGCACUUCUUCCUCACGUCCGUGCCAUUGCCUACACGUGGUUCAACCUCCAGGCCAGAAAACGCAAGUACUUCAAGAAGCACGAGAAGCGGAUGUCCAAGGACGAGGAGCGUGCGGUGAAGGACGAGCUUCUGAGCGAGAAGCCUGAGGUUAAGCAGAAAUGGGCAUCCAGGCUGCUGGCCAAGCUGCGUAAGGACAUUCGGCAGGAGUACCGGGAGGACUUUGUCCUCAGCGUGACGGGCAAGAAGCACCCGUGCUGUGUGCUAUCCAACCCGGACCAGAAGGGCAAGAUCCGCCGGAUUGACUGUUUGCGGCAGGCCGACAAAGUUUGGCGUCUGGACCUGGUGAUGGUCAUCCUCUUCAAAGGCAUCCCUCUGGAAAGUACAGAUGGCGAGCGCCUUGUCAAGUCUCCACAUUGCACCAACCCAGCACUUUGUGUCCAGCCACACCACAUAACAGUAUCGGUCAAGGAGCUGGACUUGUUUCUAGCAUACUAUGUCCAGGACCAAGACUCGCAGCAGUCAGGAAGUCCCAGUAACAAUGAGCCAGGCAAGAACCCUCUUCCAGUCUACUUGGAAGACAGCUUCAUCAAAUCAGGAGUCUUCAGUGUUGCAGAACUGGUGCGAGUGUCCAGGAUGCCCAUCACCCACGGUGCAGCGGUAAACUUCUCCAUGGCCGACAUGCCCAGCCAACCCUACUACCACGACCUGAACUCCAGCGUGGGGCUGCAUCGCUCGCUGUCCUCCCCUCCCGGCAGCAAAAGGCCCAAAACUGUCAAUAUGGAGGAGAACAUGGACACCAGCCCAACAGGACCUGACUUCUACUCAUCACCCAGCUCACCGGCCAGCAGUCGGGCAAACUGGCACGACAGAGACGGAGCAGACAUGUCCUCUCCUACCAUGAAGAAGCCAGAGAAGCCGCUGUUCAGCCCCACCUCUCCGCAGGACUCCUCACCACGACUCAGCACUUUCCCUCAGCCUCAUCACCCAGGCCUAACAGGUGUAGGACACAGUGUUAUAUCGACGAGGAGCCCCCCUCCACACUCGCCCCUGCAGUUCUCGGCCUCGGCUAUCCUGCCCCCGGCGCCGUCGCCCUACUUCUCGCACACCACCAUCCGCUACCCGCCCCACCUCAACCCUGCUGAUCCCCUCAAGAGCUACGUGCCGUCAUACGACCCGUCCAGCCCACAGAGCAGCCAGCCUAAUAGCAGUGGUCAGGUGGUAGGAAAAGUUCCAGGCCACUUCACCCCAGUCCUGGCUCCCUCCCCACACCACAGCGCUGUGAGACCCGUCUCACUCUCCAUGCCCGACACCAAGCCCAUCACCACAUCCACAGAAGGCUACUCAGCCCCUGGCACCCCGACGGCUAAUCGUUUUGUAGGCCUGAGCCCUAGAGAUCCCACCUUCCUCCACCAGCAACAGCUGAGGAAGUGUGACUGGAGCGUGACUCAAAACGGCAGGCAUUAUGGCCCCAGUGCCACUGACGACACUUUGGGGAUUACUUGGCAAAGUCCUGGUACCUGGGCGAGCUUAGUUCCAUUCCAAGUGUCGAACGGGACUCCGAUUCUGCCAACAAAUGUCCACCAGAACUACAGCAUAAACAUCAUUGGUGAGCCCCUGGUCCCCGCUGAGACAGGGAACUGAACACACGGAGGCCGGAUGACCCCCAGGGUGAAUGGGUGGGUGUAGGGAUGUUGGUGGUGCCGAGCUAGCACUACAGGUGUCCGCAGCCAUGGAUGAAACCAGCAAAAGCAGCACGAGCUGCGCAAUCGUUCCCCCCACCACCUCACCUCACCACCCCUUCCCCGACCCCGAUCUCACCCCACCCUCCCCCCUCCACAUCACUCCCCAACUCCUGUCCCUCCCCACGAUGGACCCUAGCCAUGAAGUGAAGACGAGGGUUGGUUCAGAGGAAAGAAAAGAGAAAAGGCUUCAGGUCUGCUGUCUCCUCACCCAGCCCAGCCCACACAUCCACCACCCACCAGUCAGUUGUUGUGUUUGCAGAACUUCUCAAUCCAUUCAAAUACUGUGAUGUAUAGAUGCCUUAAUGUUUUAUUGCAUGACACUCUAGUCUCUUAGCGGCAAUUCCUACUAUUUUUCCAUGUUGGAGGAAGAUGUAAAAUCUUGAUUUACAUACACACAGACACACACACACACACACAUACAUACAUGUAGAGGUCUGCGUAUCAACAACCUCUGCCUGGUGGAUGGCUCAGAGACUCUAAGCUCUCCAACUCAGACCUCUUGAAAAGAGGCUGUCCCAUGUCAAACGAUUCACUGUGUACACCAUAGGAACAAAAAAUUGUGAAUUCAGAGUGUUUCUUCUUCCGUUUGAUUUCAGUUUACUGUGAUAUGACUCUUUGUUCAGAAAAUGUGUUGACUUUGUUUUAUUCUUUACUGCUACUUACUUCAAAAAUUAAUGUAAACACUUACAGUAAGAGUUGAGAACUCUUAAUGCGGUUUUCAAAAAACACUAAAUGUUAGGCUUGAGAUUGGAUCCCUCAUUAAAGAAUUUGCAACUCCUUUACAAAAGGAUUUAAAAAGACAGAGAAUAGGAAAAUCUCGAUAGAGGCAAGUGCAAUUGAAUUUUUGAAGGGAAGCUAUCAGUCUGUCAGCCCUAAGACUCUAAAGGAAGGGGGAUAAAUAUUAAAUGGUUUUAUGGGUAAAAUGUUUAAGAAAACAUUUGAAUUUGAUUUCAGUCUCAUAUCCGUCUCCUCACAUGAGAAAAACAUCAAGCGUGAAAGGCAUUUGAAGGCAAGCUGUGCAGAGCUGAGCAAAACCAGCACUUCUUUUGAGCCCUUCCCAUCAUUAUGGGACAUUUUAUUUUAUUUAUUUUGGGGGAAAAAAAAGACAAACAUAAGUAAAGAAAUAUGACACACAUAGUGUGUAGAAAUUACAUUUCAUUUUUUAAAAUGUUCACGAUAAGAUCAAGAACAUAUGCAUUUGGCCAUCAGCUUGUAAAGCUUAUGUUUACAGGAAAAAAAAAUAGAAUGAAGUGUUAAUUCAUGAAAAUGUACAAUUCAUACAAAUGUACAGUAGGCUUAUGUGUAAAGCUACACUUUGUGCAAGGUUAACUCUGCAGUGGAAGAGGUUGAAAACUGAAAUUAUGAAUCCAGGUGGUGGCAGAUCCCUGAAAUCUAGAAUUGUGCAUGGCAUGUUCACAGCCAUUGCCUCUCCAGUCCAGACAUAUUUAUAGGAAAAUCUCUCCAAUACUCUUAAUUUGCACGAUGACAUAUAGUCCACAUUACGUGCCUUGCCUUUGAAUAUAGAGACAUCACUACACUUGUUUUUGCUGCAUUUAUCAUUAUAGAAAAAAAUUAACAUUUUUAUGAUAAGAAUUGUUUUGUACUCUGAAUGAAAUUGUUGAUUUUUAACUUCAUGUACUACUCUAUCUCACAGUUACAUUGCAUAUCAAGGCUGUGUAUAGUUGCCGUUUUAAAGUUUGUAAUCAACCAGCAUUUUUUUUUUUUUUUUUUCAGUAUUUUGGUGGUUUUUCAAAUAACCUGUCAUCUUUUAUUUUCCUUAUUUUUCAAUGCUCAUUUUGUUCAUCUUCCAGUUACUAUUGUGGAGGGUGGAAUUCAGAAUUAUGAAAAUUAUGCAAUACCAAGUUUUGCCUAUGUAGGUAGUGCUUAUAGAUGCGUCAAUUAUUAGAGGCUAGUUUGGAGAUAGACAAUAUUGUAAUGCAUUUAUUUUGUUGAUAUCGUUGUUUGUCGUUGUUGUUGUUGAUGAUGUUGUUGUUGUUGUGGGUGUUUUCCUUUUUUAUUGACCAAAGUGGGGACUGCUUUCUAUGCAGUGUAUGACAAGGUCUUUUUUUUUUUUUUUUUUUUUUUUUUUUUUUUUCCUUCUUUCUUUAGCUUAUAGGCCUACCGAAUGACGGUGAGACAUGUUCCAGUGUAUUUUGAAUUCGGGAGUUUUAGGGGGGAGGGGCGGUAUUUUUCUAGAAGUACUUAUAAAAAAAUGCACCCUUGGUCUUUCUACGGCUGCAAAGUCACUGAUUGGUCUACUGUGACUCUUACUUUCAACUUUCCACUUGGGGUGCUAGCAUGUGACCUUGAAGGAGCUCAUUUUUUCACAGGAGAGACGGCUUGACUUGAGUAUGACAAUCAUUUAAAAAAAUCUUUUUGCGUAGAAUCCCGGCCCGUUCGUAGUUCCCUUGAAGCCGCAACCGAGGGCGGAUACCGUUGCAUGUUUUUUGUUUUUUUUUUUUGUUUUUUUUUUCUCAAAUCCUACGCCGUACUAUUAUAGACAUCACUGAAUGCAAUUCCCAAGUAGAUGCCUUAAACACAUCAGUGAAGUGGCCUGUGACAUGCGCAACAAUCACACACCAACUAAUGCUCGUGAGACCUGUCCAAAUCAGUUCCAGACAGGCUCAAGCAAGCCUUUAGAAAGUAUUUUAUAAGUAGUAGAUUUGUAUAAAUGUAUAUAUGAUAUGCACAUAUGUCAACUCCUGAGAUAUUUCCCCAGCAGAGAGCCCCAUAGAGUAUGCUGAAGUAAAUAUUAGACCACACUUCAUGUCCGGUGGUCCAGUAGAGGCUUAAAUAGAAUCCACUAGAAGAAAAAAUAUAGCACUUAAAUAGCACAUAGGCAAUCGUCUUCUCCCACAUACAGUGUUUUGACCCUAGUCUCAAACUAAAUCUCUCAGGCGUAUUACAGGGCAUUAUUUAUAUCAAUCAUUAUCUUAUCAUUUUCAAUGUAAAAAAAAAAGGAAUUUUCUCACAGAGAGAGCAGCGCCUCCCAUGCUGCUAGGACACCUUUUGCACUCUUUCCCCACAAUCGUGAAAGAAACCGUUUCCCUCGGAGAGACGGUACUAGCAAGAGCUCUCUCUCCGACGCGAGCGGAGGGCUAAGAAGCAGAAAAACACUUUUGAAAAAUAAUCCUCAAGUCAAGCUCAAUCUCUCCGUCUUCACCCAGAUUUCUUAUGCAGGAAAAAAAAACAUUUUAAAGUCACCCCGUUCUAUGUGCACUGUUCUGUCUUUUUUGUUGUUGAUUUAUUCUUUUGUUUUUUUGUUUUUAUUUUAAAAGAAAAUCUAUAAGUGCUUUGCAGCCUUUGGCCAUUGGAAACCCCACUGAAGUGCAUUGUCCCCAAGUGUGUUUGUGAGUGGGCGUGUGUGUGUGUGUGUGAGAGAGAGAGAGAGAGAUAAAAAAUGUGUCAGGGUCACUGUGCUCUUGGUGUUUAUUUGAAUAGGAGACUGUACAUAAAGGUAAAUAUCCUGAUUGCGUCGAUAGCAGUAGUCUGUGGGGUUGAACUCUGCUUUGGCAGCUUGAGUGUUCGUGUGCAUGCAUGCGCGCGCGCGUGUGUGUGUGUGUGUGUGUGUGUGUGAAUUUGUGAUUGAGUGCCUCUGACACUACACAAUGAGAGAAGAUGAGGGUCUUUCUAUCAAAAAAAAAAAAAGCCUGCCAUAGGACAGGAGUUUGUACACUGUAAACUUUGUCAAGAGUUCCUCUCUGAAGCCCUUAUUUGUAAAUCUUCACUUCUGGGGAAAAUGAGUCAAUUCCAUUUUAGGAAAAACAAAUUUAAUUUGGGUUUUGUUUAUUUGCUUCGGAAGCUGGAUUUGAGUUAGAACUCUCCAGGUUUCCCCCGAUUAGUAGAAUCUAAAGUGUUUUCAUCAGUUGUUGUAUUCCUGUAUGUAAAGUCAAAAAAGGGGAGAAAUGUUCUAUACAGAUCCAUAAAUAUAAAAACAACAACAAUGAAGGCUUUUUAUUAUUAAUAUUAUUAUUUCUGAACAUGGUUAGUGCUUAGAUAUUUCCAUUUGGGAAACACUUCAUGAAUAUUUGAAUUGUUGUUCUUUCAUUAGUGUGGCCAUAGCGAGCGUGAUGUGAUUUACCUUUUUUUUUUUUUCCUUUUCUUUUGGAAAUGGGUGUGAAUUCUUGUCCAACAAGAUCGUGGUGUGAGUGUGUUUCUUGUAGCAGCUGGGAGGUGAUGUCACUUAACCAGUAGAAUAGGCCCCAGAUUGCACCUGACCUUAAACGAGAAGCAGGGUAAAAUCUGCAGUGACAAAAAAAAAACAAAAAAAAAAACACGUCCUCAACGGAUCUAUCAGAUCAGUUUUCUUUUUUGUUUGUUUCUUUGUUUCUUUUCAGAGGAAAUGUUGCAAAGACGAUUGGUGCUACAUCUCGCCAUAUUUCUGAUUCGGCCGGGCCAGUGUUGAGCCGUCUACUUUGUUCUUCUUGGACAAUAACAAAAUCUCUUUAAAGAUCAUUAAAAGAAUCGAGGCACCACUCAUUUUGCACUUUCCACUUGCUGUCUAUGCCUGAUGUAAUGUAGGAAACCCUCAGUUCACACUACAAACAAACAUUACUUUGCAGGUGCUUCAGAAUAGGGUACUGUACCUUCCAGCUGAUAACAGAUAGUGUAAUCAGUCGUGGUUACGCGUGUCUGUUGCUACGCAGGGUGUGAAUGUAGCCUGUCGAAAAGCUCUUGAAACUUUAUGAAAUUUGAAUCAGUAUUCCACCCAUCAGCAGCUUCAGGAGCCCCAGUUAAAGGCAGAUUGUGACACUCACAACAACCUUAUUUUUCAAAAGUAUUAUGUCAUUGAUGGCUACGAGAAACAGGACAACAUUAUGCAAGGAGGACCUGUGGCACUCAUGCAAUAUGUGUGAUUUUUUUUCCUUUUUUAACUGAAUGUCACACAUUCUGUAGAGACCGAGAGGGCGUACACGUGCAGACUUAAAGGAAAACAUUAAAACUUUUUCAUCCUACAUGAGCAAUACACACCUUCCAUACUUUGGCUAGCUGCUAGUCACUUGGCAUCAGGUUGUUAUGAAACAUGAAAACCAGCAUUUUUACAGGAUAUAACAUUCACCAAAAGAAGACAAAAAAGAUAGCAAUGCAGUGCCUGUUCAAGCUGUCCAAGUGUCUGUUGUAUAUAAUUGUAAAAUGUGAUAGACUUACUUUCAUAUGUGACAAGAAAAAAAAACAGCAUCACACAGAACAGAAUGUGGCAGACUCAUUGGGAAAUAUGCUUCUUUGGUGUUUUUGGAGUUUUUUUUUGGUGUGUGUGUGAUUUAUUAAUUUUCUAAUUACACAAUGCCCACAUCAUGCUUGUUCAAAAUUUGAGAGGAAAGGUUUAUGGUUCAUUCUUCUUCUUUUUCUUUACUUUUUUUUUUCCUGGGAGGGGGAGUGGUGAGGGAGGGAGGGAGAGGGGGGUCAGUGCUACAUUAAGCGCAGUGAAAGGAUGAAAUAAUGUCUUUUCUUAAAAUUAGUCUCCAGUUUUCUCUGCAGGGCUGAUUUUUUUUUUUCUUUUGGGUCUUGUGGCACUUUUACUUCCCUCUGCGCACACAUUUCUACUUUAUGAAACAUGGUGGAAUUAACUAUAUAACUAACAACAACAACAACACCAACAAAAACAAUAUGUAAACAGUCUCCAGUAGUGAUCGUAGUUACACUGCAAGUGUGUGCAAAGGUCUAUGUAUGUAUCUGAAUGUACGUUUUAGAGGACUUUUGGAAACCUUUUUUUGUUUUUUAUCUUUUCAUUUACAGUUUAGGAGUCACAGGUGUCCAUUGUGAACUGUAUAGCGAAGGCCUUGAUAUCCCUUCUUUUAUUGAUUUUAGAAACGCCGAGCAUUAGGCGAUGCCUUCAAGCUGGUUACAUUUGGUGCAGGGGCUAAAAUUGCCACAAGAUUAAAAUCAGUGUAAAUAAAGGCUCAACUUUUUGUGAUUGUUACUGUUAUAUCCAGCCUAUACUGCUAGCAGCUGUUUUUACUGCAGUCAAUUACUGGAAGUGGAUAUAUUUCCUAUGCAAAACUGUUUAAACAAUAAAAUGAGCUAUGCUACAAAAAGGA